UGCAUGACGUCAAAGCAGCGGACUUCAAGACUCAUACAAAUCCGUACAGUCCUCUGGACCUCCGCAAAUUAUCCCCGUACAACAUCCAUCCCGUCAAGCGUCAUAAUUGUAAGAAAUCUGAGAACAUGGUCAAUCUACAGAGCCUCAACCCUCUUGCACCUUCUGUGAAGGAGUCGGCGGUCGUGUCAGAGUUGCGCAUCUACCCUAUCAAGUCAUGCCGCGGCUUCACCGUGCGCCACAGCUAUGUCACCAAAAAAGGCCUUGACCUCGACAGGAAUUGGAUGUUUAUCGGCGAAGACAACAAAUUCGUCACCAUCCGUGAUAUCUCAGAACUGACCCUGAUUGACACUGCACUGGCAAGUGCGGUGGGGCACAAAGCGGAGGGCUCCGAGGACGACCUGGAGUUGAUCAUCAGCAUCAGAGAUCAUCCCGACAAGCGUGUGAUUAUACCGGCAAGACCAACUAGGGAGUGGCUUGAGGCCCAUACAAAGUGCGAGAAGGUUGAGAUCUGGGGCAAUGAGACUGAUGGUUGGGUCUAUGGAGGUGAAGUAAACGCUCUCAUCCGUGACUAUAUGAAGCGAGAUGUCAGACUGGUCUACAAGGGCCCAACACCCCGUAUUCUACGCGGGAAUGGGGCCCCGGAUCAGCUUGGAAGGGAGGAGGCCACGAAUUUCCCGGAUGUCUUACCAGUGUUGAUUGCCAGCGAGGCGUCAUUAGACGAGCUCAACGGACGGCUCAAGGCAAAGGGCACGGAUGCGAUCACCAUCGAGCGCUUCCGACCCAACAUUGUGGUCAAAGGAGGAACAGCAUGGAGUGAGGAUGACUGGAAGCGGGUCCGCAUUGUCAAUCGUAAACCGGAUUCUGGGUCCUUCCUCGCAACCGAGCCUUCCACUAUUGAUAUUGAUGUUCAAGCACAUUGUGCACGCUGCCAGGUGCCCAAUGUCGAUCCUAACACGGCGGAGAAAAAUGCACACGAGCCCUGGGAUACGCUUGUCAGCUAUAGACGCAUAGACGAGGGCAUCAAAUGGAAACCGUGUUUUUGGGAUGUUGAGUUGUCCACGAAACGAAGGCACAGUCAGGGUGGGCAUGAAGUUGGAAGUUAUGGAAACGACACGGAGCCACAUCUAUAUCAAAGGCUUUUGAGCCUAGACGGCAUUGUAAAUUUCGAGAUCGAUGAACUUGAUUCAAGUUUAUAGACCAAAGACUAAAUUGAGAUGGCGUUGCUGCAAACUAUCCAAACUUUGCAUACACCCAUGGAGAAAUGAAGAAUGAUAAGGGGAAAAAUCAAAACUAUAGGUUUUAUUGCGACUCCUUGAAAACCAAUCACUCAGCACUCAUCUUCCCUUCCUUCGCCUUCUUAUUCUCCUCCAGUUCGGAAUUUUGAAUCGUAGUCAUGUUUGAUCGACAAGCAUUCGACAAGCUGCCCAUCCCUGGUUAUCGUGGUGGUUGAAAUCGAGUACAUGGCGAUCGACAUUCCUGAAGUAGCAAAUAAUCCAUUCCGAU